UUUACAUGAGGCUGAUGCAUGCUAACCUCCGUGAUGAUAUCCACGGAUGUAUAACGACUGUUUGUGAAUCUAUAAUGACUCAAACACGUUAAACUUCACCUCAGUGGGACACUCGGCGGCGGUUAAUCUCUCUAAAGGCGGGAAGUUCUGAUUUUAAAGAACGAGGUGACGAUGUCUCUGCCUGUUCAUGCUAAUACUAACGUGGACCGGAAGGUGUUGCAGUAUGAAAACUUCAUUAACGAAGUUCUGAAGAGAGAUUUACAAAAGGUGUUGGAGCAGAGAGACUCAGUAUAUGAGAAGAUCUCUCAGUACCUGCAGCUGAAGAACACCAUCCAGACUCUGCAGGAGUCGGGUUCUCAGCAGCUGAAGACAGAAGUGGAUCUGGGCUGUAACUUCUACGUCCAGGCUGAAGUGGAGGACUCGUCGAGGAUCUUCGUGGCGGUCGGUUACGGUUUCUUCGUGGAGAUGACUCACGACGAGGCUCUCAAAUUCAUCGACAAGAAGACGAGUCAGCUCACAGCCUUCACGGAGCAGCUCACCAAAGAUUCAGCGAAGAUUAAAGCCAACAUCCGCAUGGUGCUGGAGGGUCUGAGGGAGUUGCAGGGUCUGACCGACCUGCCGGAGAGCAGAAGAAGAGACGUGUUCUAGACUCUCCCACGUGUUGGACGAUCAGAGCAUCUUUAAAAUCACAGAGGUUCAACAUGGACGUUUAUCUAAACAUGGCUGCUGAUGUUUGAAGUGACAGACGGCUGAUCCAUUCAGACUGAAGAAGAACAUCACUGAGGGAGGAGGAGGAGGGAGAGUUUGCUGUCCUGUGCUGCUGAUUAAACUCUUCAUUCAGGACUUUGUCUAACUGGACAAACAGGGCACAGACUAAACCUCUCCAGGUUGAGCUGGAGGACAAACAGGAUGCUGAAUGAGUUGAAGGAGAGAUGCAGAUGUUUCCCAUCGGCUUCAUCUGUGUGUGUCCAGGAUGUGAUCCCUGGAAGCAGAAGGGACACUGCUCGCCUAACCGAGCAGCAAGAAGAAGAAGAAAGUGUGUUUGAUUCACAUGUUUUUUAUUUUAUUUUGAAGGAGAAAAUGUCCCCAAGUGUCUGACUCUAACUUUGCUGACAGGAAGUGUCCGUACUCUUUCUCAUGGCCACACAGACGGUGACCGAUGCUUCCUCUUAAAGUGUGAAAUCUGCAGCUGAGCUCUUUUUUUCCCAUGAAUUCAAAUCAUUUGUAAUCUGUGGAUGUUUUGUAAAUCUUUGAAUAUAUUCAUUAAAAACAAACAUUUACUGAAAAA